GUCUCAAGGCUGACAGCUGCCUAGUGUCCUUUGCACAAGACCUGCCAAGCGUGUAAACAAGUUUCUCUGAGUGGUGAUGUAAUUGGUGAAGAAUCAUGAUGAGUCCAACAGGAAGAGCGAAAGCCAUGCAGAAGUCCAGGAGUGGUGAGCAUGCAGCAGCAUCUGCAAGGUUUUCCUCCUGGAAUGUGUAGAUCUUGGCCAAGUUCAAACCGCUGCUGUGGGCUAACAGCAAGACUGGAAAGUACAUGCCUGUUAAUUAGUGUGGGCUGAAGGUCCAAUAACCCCCCCCGCAAGGGGUUUGGACCACCACAUCUCUGGUGGCACAGGGUUGUCUCCUCCUCUCCUCCCCGCCCCCUGCCCUGUGAUGGGCCUUCUGAGGGCUGUGACAUGGCGCUGAGGUGACAAUGGGCCAGCCAGGCACAAGGCGUGGCUCUGAGUAGCCCUCCAGGACAGUGCCAGUGCCAGCGCUGCCAGCACCAUCGCCAUCACCACCAGAACCACUGGCUUACACAGCACCAAGAUGUCAGAGGUAGAAAAUGUUUUCCGUAAAUUCGCCAUGUAUGGUGACACAUCUGCCAGUGGCAAUGACAUGACGGGGAAAAACUUCUCCAAGCUGUGCAAAGAGUGUGGCGUGAUGGAUGGGAAAGCCGUGACCAGCACUGACAUUGACAUCGUAUUCAACAAAGUCAAGACCAAGGGUGCCCGCACCAUCAACUUUGCUGAGUUCCAGCAGGCCAUGAAGGAGCUCUGCGGCAAGCGCUUCAAGGGCAAAUCACCGGAGGAAGCACUGCAGGCUGUGUACGGCCUCAUCGAGGGGAAGGAGCCCGGCAGCGUGGGUGCCACGGGACAUGUGCUAUCCUCGUGCAUAAGAGCUCUUUUAUGAACUGUUUCCUACCCCCCCAGCCACAAAGAGCGUUUUGAUGAGAGUGGCAAAGGGAAGGGUCUUGCUGGCCGCCAGGACCUGACGGACAACAGCGGCUAUGUUGGAGCCUACAAGGGAGCUGGCACAUACGACCAGACGCACUAG